AUGGAGAAAAUAAGAAAGGAUCCAGAAAAGUACGCGCUCUGGCAACUCAAGAUGAAGGAAGCCUAUUUGAAAAGGAAGAAAGAAGGUAAAAUUAUUUCAGUACGUGAUUUGACACCUACAGAACGGAAAUUAGCUAGGGAAAAAAGCAGGGAGAGCUCAAGAAGAUGGUAUGAUAAGAAAAAAUUGAAGGAACGUAUCCAAUCAGAACAUGAAGAAGGAGAAGAAGAAGCAAUCGUUGAAAUUAAGACGGAAGACACCGGAACAGAAGACGCAUUAAAUUUGAGUUCCCAUGAACCUGAAGUAAUUUUAGGUCUGCCAAGGCCAUCAAAAUCGCCUUCACCAAUAAUUCCACUAUCAUGUUCACCAAUGGUUCUCAGGGCGCGAUCCCCAAAAUCGUAUGUAUCACAUAAUUCAUGGUCUCCUAAAGUGCUUUCCACAAACGCUCUAGUAACUGAUUCACCAAAGCUUCUCGGAGUUCGUUCUUCAAUAUCUUCAGUGUCAGAUUCAUCAGGAUCUAUCAGGGCGGCUUCCCCAAUAACUACAGCAUCUUGUUCACCAAGAUCUCUCAGUCCACAAAGCAGCACCUCACUGAUAAAUUUACCAACGCGCCACAUCGCAAACUCAAAACGCUUCAAAACAGCUCAACCGAAAAUUACAGUUAAGAAGAAAUCACACUGGAAGCAUCUUUUACACAGAUUUCGAUACAGAUUUAACAAAGAGCUGCAAUUAAAAGAACAAAAAAUUUUAGAACUUAAAAAAAUCAAUGAGAAUUUUAGGAAGAAGAUAAAACGUUUGGAAGCUUUAUGGAAAAGUAAAAGGUAUGAAGAAUCCGUGCAGACAAGAAAUACGAGAAACCAAUCAAUUCGAAAA